AUGACCUUCUUGAGUUCUUUGCAGCCGGGCAGUAGCAACACCCUCUUCCUUUGGACACCGAUCGGAAUCCAAACUGGCAUACUUGUAGCUGUCGGUCUUCAAGAAUGUGCAUCAAUGGUGUCCUGGAGGAAGAUUCGCGGCUUGAUACUUUCAACUUUGGAGGGACUACGAGUUUUCAUGGGCGCAGAGGACUCGCAACUUCCCAGAUAUGAAAGUGGUCAGUAUGCACCGUCGCUGCCAAGCCUUGCGAAUCGGAAUGCACGUCAGACAUUGUCGUCGCCAACGCCAGACUCCGUCACGGUAUUCCAGCGCAGUAUUGUCACGUCUGGCGAUGGCUCUGAGGACAACCCAUGGAGGUUCCAUUGA